UCGUUUGUAGUGUCAGUUGACGCGUCUAUUAGUACCGAUAACAGUCGAAAAUUUUUUAAACCCUUGCGGAGUUUAGUCGUUGGUUUUUUGUGGCGCGCUUAAACAAAAAUCAAAAAUAAAGACCAUAGAUGCGAUCAUAAAUCUGAGUGUUUGUGUUUAGGUAAGAUUUUCGGGUGCUUUGGUUUAUUUUUUUAUGCUAUUGAUGCAUACGACACCGCAGAUAAAAUUGUAAAAAUUAUAUUUAGCGCUAUUAGUUUGGUUUGGUUUUAAGUAGUGUGGUACAUAUAUACAUACAUAUAUGCAAAUGAAAUAACUGCAUGCUAUAUCUUCGGAAAGUAGAUCUCAUUGUGAAAAAGCCCAACAACCAUUGUGAAGCGCAUCUGAUUGCGGCCACCACCGAAAUUGAGGCGCUAAAGCAGGCUUUACUUGAAAAACACAAUCAAAUAGUAGCCAUGGAAACGGCAUGUAUACAGGAUACGGAACGUCAACUUGAAUUGGAGGACAGUGUAAUUGCGUGGCAAGAUAAAUAUGAUCGUUUGUAUGAGUCGCAUAAGCGAGUGCAAAAGGUAAAUCAGAGCUUGGAGGAUAAGCUAUUAAAAUUGGUGGAUCGAAAUACUGGCGAGCGAGCGCAAUUGACCAGCGAUGUGGCAACGUUGAGUGUACGUUUGGCACAGGCGAAUUUCAAUAUAGCCAAGUUGCAGCGAGAAAUUGUAAGUUAA